AUGGUCGGCUGGAAAAGGCUGACUGGAGUUCAGAGCGGAAUCCCACCUUUACUGGCGGCCAGAUCUUGGAAUGGUUAUUUGACUAUUUCAACCUGCAUUAUCCUACCUGCUGUGAAACACAGACGGUCAGGAUUCGGCUCGAGGCUUCCCAGGGCCUUGACUCCGAGGGUCCCUUGCUGGAAUCACCCGAGUGGGUCUCCUCGCACUCUGGAGCUGCGCAGGCGCCUGCCACAGCACAAAACCCUCGUCCUUUCGGAUGAGGGCUCAGAGGCGCCGGGCGCCCGCCGCCCCGUCCAGGCCGGGGAUAGCCAGCCGCUGGUCGCCGGCCGGCGCAGGCCUCUGCGGUCCCUGCAAGGCCCAGGCCACGUCCUUCUCCCGCGCCGCCUUCAGGUCACUUCGUGGCCUUCGGGCGCCGGGGCGGAGUGGGGAGUCCGAGAUUCUGUUUUUUGGACGUGGUGUUCGGCGCUCGGUCCACGACGGAGUCGACCUGGGAACCGCCGGAAGUCGCUCAAAGGAGAGACAGGAAGUCCCUCCUCUUCCUCCCAGAGGGAAGACGGGCCCGGGCCCGGGCGGCCGGGCGCCGGGAGCCCCGCCAGAGCCCUUCGCUCUUCCUCCUCCCCCCUCCCCCCGCCUCCGCCCCUCCCCGCUCGCCGGUCCCUCCCGACGCCGCCCAGCCUCGCCCGGCACACGCCCGCUGCCCGCGGCCCGGCCGCCGCCCGGCCUCCGCUCCCGCCCUCCCCCGCUCGCUGCGCGGCAGCCUGCGGCCGGGCUCGCGCAGCCAGCGGGGCCCCGGCUUCCCCGCGGGGCUGGCUGUCAGCAGCCUUGCACGCAGCGGGGCGUUCCUUACCGCCCGGCUCUCUCCGGGUGAAACAGCUGCCCCGGCGCGGAGCUGCGGAGGUGUGGGUCUCUAGUCCCGGCCGUGGUUUCCUCCGCCGCCCGCCCACCGCCGGUCACCCUCCAGAGGCACUGAGGCGCCGCUGCCACCCGCGCCUCCUUCCGUUAAGGACGCUGGUGCGGUCGGCGGCCCCUGACGCUGGCGACCGAGUGCUGAGCGAGUGCAGGUGGAGGGUCCAGGCCCCCCAGGUUCAGCCGCUCUCGGCACCGGGGCGGGGGGGCGGGGGGACCCGGGGAUGCGGCGCACCAAUGUCUGCAGCAGUGGCUUUUGCCCCGGUAGAUUCCCACCUUUUCUUAGCCAUAGAGCACGUCCUGAGUGCGCUUGCCCGCUUUCUGGAGAUUAGUCUGGUGGAGGUGGGUCCUGGAGCUGCUGACCCCUAUCGGUUGUGUUGAGUUUGAGUAGCCCUUUUACUUCUUGGGGGAGUUCAGGAACGCGAAGGGCAUCUUGGCAAGGUUGGCAUCCACUGACACACGUGUAGGAUUUCUUUAUUUUAUAGAUAAUCAUAACCCUAAUGGCGACUGAGUUACAACCUUACGGCCAGUGCUGGUGGAAUUAGUUACAGCAUGCACCUGUUUUGCGGUGAAGGGUGAGUCCAGUUGGAACACCCGUAAAGGGAAGAGCCCUAAUACGUAUCGAUGAGAACAUCAUUAGGAGAGCUUAUUUGAUGUAUACUCUAUAAACUUCGCUUAGCACCACAGUCUUCUGGAGUAGCAAUUGUUAUUCCCUUUGUUAACUACCAGUUAAAAGCCAGAUUAAAUAAUGUGACCAAAGUUAACGUCAGAGUUCAAAUCUCGGGUGUUUGGUAGUCGUUCUUUCUCAAGUUUGUCACACUCGAGAUUAGGAACUCCCGUUGGCUCUCCAGUAGUUGAUGUCUUCUCGCACAUUUGGUAAGGCAAGUGUGAUUAUUGCUGAAAACAGUUGCUACUGGUGUCUUUUUUAAAAACCUUAUUUUGGCAUAAUUUCAGAUGUACAGAAAACCCGUAAGACGGGAUAGAGAGUUCCACUGGUAUUCAGUAAAGUGGCUUCCCCUCAGCCAAUACUGGUUCCUGCUUUUUUCCAGACACUGCUCUAGGUGCUGGAGUUAUAAUACACUGCCUCGGAGGGUUUCAGGAUCUGGUUGGGGAGACAACAGAAACAAAUACAGUGCCUUUUGCCAAUUGCUAACAUGGAGAUAUGGGAGCAUAGAGCAAAUGGUCUGAUUCUACCUGCCUGCCAGGGAGGGGUCAGAGCUUGCAGCUUACAGUGAGUUAGGUCUCGAGGAUUAGUAGGUAUUCACUUGCUCCAUGGGACAUUUGUCCCAACAUUGACUCUAAUAGGUUUGUGUUGUUAGGGGAGAAUUCUCUAACCUUCAUAUAACAGAGUCUUUUCCUCCUCUUUCCCAUAUUUCAAGGAAGAGGUUGGUAUCAUGGGGGUCACAGGUAUCACAGUUGUGAGAAGAAUCCCACUUCAUAAAUCCAUGAGUAGGAUAAGAAAUUAAACUGUGUUUCUUAUGCAGCAGUGAAAAUGUCUAGACCUAUAAAUUUUAAAAUUCUUUGUUUUCAAACUUAUUAAAUACUUCUUGUCUGAUCACAAGUGUUCUUUUUUUUUUUUAAAUUUUUUUUUUAUUUUUAUUUUUGAGAGGGAGCACAAGUGGGAGUGGGGCAGAGAGAGACACACACAUACACACACAGAGUCUGCUGGCUCUAGGCUCCAAGCUGUCAGCAGAGAGCCCCCUGUGGGGCUCAAACCAGCAAACUACGAGAUCAUGACCUGAGCCAAAGUUGGACGCUUAACCGACAGCCACCCAGGUACCCCAGAUCCCACAUGUUCUUUAUGCACAGACAGGGACACAGUUGCUCUGAACUAUAACCUGGUGCGUGAGAUCCCACGCCAGACAUUUGAGUGAGUGUCAUAGCUUGGCUGCUGUAACAAAAUAUGAUAGCCUGGGGGACUGAAGCCACAGACAUUUACGCCUGGCAGCUCUACCCAGGAUCGUGAUGCUGGUUCCUGAUGAGGACUCUUCUUGGCUUACAGAAGGCAACUUUCUUGGUGUGUUCUCACAUGGCAGAGAGCGAGAGAACUCUAGUCUCUCUUCUUUCCUUUUUUUUAAAACAUUUUCUUUUUUAAAGUUUAUUUAUUUUGAGAGAGUGUGCAUGCACAAGCGGGGGAGGGGCAGAGAGAGUGGGAGAGAGAGGAUCCUCUGCCAACUCUGUGAUGUCAAUACGGAGCCUGACAUGGGGCUCAAACCCGUGAACUGUGAGAUCAUGACCUGAGCCUAGAUCAAGAGUCGGAUGCUCAACCAACUGAGCCACCCUGGUGCCCUGCUCUUGAUUCCUUUUGGAGACCCUACCCUCAUGAACUCAUUUAAAUUAAAUUACCUCUCAAAGGCCACACCAUCACAUUAGGGAUUAGGGAUUCAACAUAUGAAUUAUGCAGGGCGUAAUUCAGUCUACAGUAGAUAGGUUUCCUAGAGACAUUGUCAUUAUGUGGGAUUCCUCCUACACACACCUGACAUAGAACUAAAUACGAAACCUUAGAAUCAGCAUUUCCGUAGCUUUGGUUAAUGCAAAUGUAAUUUUAUCUAAAUAAAUUAUUUUAGAUAGAUACGGUUCAGAGACCAGUUGAGGAAAAGAAGACAUUUUCAUUGUUUCUUUCUAAUGAAAAAGAGAUAGGUGGUGAAAUGCUGUGGUGGUCUUUUCGUUUUAGGCUUUAGAGGAAUGAAUAUUUUCCUAGAUUGAUCAAAUCUGGGUGUAAGGACUGUGGCAGUGGUCUGUUCCAGUUCCCUCCUUGUUUUGUAAGGAGGCUGAGCCCCCACAGAGGCUGAGUAAUCUUUCUCAGAGAUUAGUGAGAGAACAGGGAUUAGAGUCAGGCUUCCUGAUUUACAGGCUAGUCUUUCUGCUUCCAUCAUUGGUUCUCAAACUUAGGGUGCAUCAGAGUCACUUGGGGAGCUUUGUGAAAAAACGUGCUGAGCAUCCCCCCUGGAGGCUCUGAUUUGGCAGGUCUGGAUUGGGGCUGAUAAUUUGCAUUGUGACAAAUUCCUCCUGGGCUCUGGGGUCACACUUUGGGAACCCUGGUCUUCUACGAUGUUGCCUUUGAUCUCUUACAAGAAGAGACUAAGUAAACUCCAUGGGUUUAUACCAGUAUAAUGUUUUCCCUGGUACUCAGAGAGUCAGGUUCCUUAAUUUUGUGCUAUAAACAGCAAUGCACCAAAACCAUAGUGAUUAAAUGGGGGAAAAAAAAGGACUAGAAAUAUGGCAUUUCUCAGAGAGUCAUUUUGACAUUUUCAGGGAUAAUUUUUGGACUUAACUCUAGAGGUCAAAACCACUUACUGCUGAAGGGAAUGAAUAUAUGUGAAGUGUGAGGGCGCUCCCUCUUCACAACAUUUGCACUAAAAAGGGUGUCAGGAUUAAUUGCUAGAUUGUGUAGGAUUGAAAAAUUACUUCCAGUUUUGUUACUCAAUGCUUUUCUCUGUAGUGUUCUAAAAUGUUCAUUUCUUAUAUAUCAAAAUCUUAUCAGGCUCUAGCACAGUUACAUGCCCAUGAAUGAAAGUUGAAUUAAACAAACAUUAAGGGAGAAAAUAAAGUAGGUCAUUUAUCUGGAGAGAUUUCAGUUCCCUAGGAAAGUUACUGUACUCACUACAUUAUCCCAGCUAUAAGCUUUUAUGAAAUAAUUACAUUUCAUUCCAAUUUAGGCCUUAUUUGGAAUUACUGGGAUUGUUUUAGCACAAUUUUGGAGGAUGUAGCCUAUCUUUAUGUUACAUUUAAUCAGUGAUCCCUCUCAUACCUUUGUGGUAUUCAGUUGCAAUGAUUUGUUAGCACUUUAUACUUUGAAAUAACUGUAGAAUUAUAAAAAAAUUGCAAAAAUAGUUCAAAGAGUUCCUGUAGACUUUCAACCAACAUCCCCUUGUUAACAUCUUAUGCAUCCAUGGUGCAGUUAUGAAAACCAGACACAUGAUAACAUUAUUCUUUGAGUUUCACCACGGAUGUCCUUUUUCUGGUCCAGGAUCCAAUCCAGUGUCCCAUGUUGCAUUAAGGUAUUCUGUCUCUUUAGUCUCUUCCAGAAUGUGACAGUUCCUUUUGGGUUUCUUUAUUUUUCAUUACCUUUAUACAUUUGAAGAGUGCUGAUCAGUUAUUUUGUAGAAUGUCCCUCAGUUUGGAUUUGUCUGAUGUCCUUUCAUGAUUAAAUUGAGGGUUAAGCAUUUUGGCAGGAAUACCACAGUGGAGAAGUUGUGCCCUGCUCAGUCUUGUAUUGGGACAUGCGUGAUACAGAUACGUCUUGCUACUGAUGAGUGUUAAUUUUGAUUUCUUGGUUGGGGUAGUGUGUGAUAUCUGUGCUCUAAAUUAAAAAAUUUUCCCUUUGUAGUUAACGAGUUUCAUAACUUUACCGAUUUUUGGUGCAGCAGAUUAAAAGGAAUGAACAUAUAAUGUCAGAAUCCUUUGAGCCUAUCCCCAAUUGUGAGAUGUUUCUUAUCAUGAGAGGCUUAGACACAAACAUAACAGGAUAAGGGAAAAGUGUAGGCUCUUGGAAGAAUGGUUAUUUGCUCAAGAACUGGUACUUGAUCUUGGUCAAUCUCAGUUUUGAAUUGGCAGGAAUGGAAGCUGUUUGUCCCAACUCUUUUGCUGUGGUUCUGCAGUGUCUCACAUUUGUUUUCCAGCGUGUGACUUUCUGUAGUGACACUGCAUUUCUUAAAAUUCUCCCUAGAGUCUUUUUGUAGAAGAUAGAUGCACUUCAUUCAUCACAAGGCAUUUGCUCUAAGUGUGCUCUCCUCACCAGCACUGGCUGGUCCGUGGAGCUGGGCGCAUGUGUUCUCUUUGU